GGACUUGGGGAUUCGCCAUUGUAAUAACCGGAAAUUGAACAGAGUGAUCUUCUGGUUCUCGUCGAAGCUGUGCUGCUCAUGUCUGGAUGAAGAGGUAUUUAUACCCGAAGCUCUGCUGAGUUUCUCAGGGAAGCGAAGGCGUCGGAUUGAAUGCUGAGAAGUGGGGAAAUCGCGAUUUAACACGAAGUAAAGAAGAGCAAAGCGAAACGUUGUAACGCCCAUGGCGUCAUCAUCGACUCUCAUCUGCAUUGGCGGCGGUAAGAAGGAAAGACCUAGAGGAAGAGGCGAGUCCGGGCCUGGAGGAUUAAUGUUUUGUGAUGGGCCUCAAAUUAAAACACAAAAUCCAAUUAAGUUAACAAAACCCAAUCGUAAAUUUUAUCCAGUGAGAAGACGACACAUGUCAUUUUUCCCCCCAAGGAGAUAAAAAAGCUGACUUUAUUGGUAUAGAUUAGCCAAUGCUGAAAUUUGCAUUUUUUAUGCUGAAAUUUGCAUUUUUUUAAUUAAAAAAUGCUGAAAUUUGCAAAAAUUGAACUACAGUAAAAAAAACAUAUGGGCUUAGCUUCUAGGGUCCAAUAAGUUAAAUUUAACGUACUAGCUAGGUGGUCCAUGGAAUAGAAUCCCGGUUGCUGGCUUCGCUCCCAUCUUCUUAAAGGGUGCAGGAUUGAGAAGCGGGAACAGGAUAUUCAUCUCCAAUUCAUCCAACACUUUGUUAGUUCCACGAGAAACUCUAGCUUCCUUUUUAAGCCCCAUUGUAGUCAUCUUGCUUCUACCUUUGAUUCAGUGGUAAAAUACUGGAGGCGUAAAGUGGAAGCUGCAGAAAAGCUUAUAGCUAGCUCAGAAAGCCCUAAAAUAUCGUAGGCGUAAAGUAUAGCAGGCAGUGGCGGACGGAGGUGAUGAGGUACGGGGGCAUGUGCCCCAAUCUAAUUUUGAAUUUUCUUCAGUAAUUGCUUAUAGUUUAACAAAUGCACCCUAACCCUAUAACUAUAAUAUAAUGAAACAAAAUGAUGUGCCCCCAUCUCAAUAUGAUCCUGCAUCCGCCCCUGAUAGCAGGUUAUAUAUACUUCCAAUGUUUUCAAACCCGGUCCAAACAGUGAACUGGAUAAUUUUUUGUGUCAUCGGGUUAUUAGUUCGAUCGCAGACCAAUGUAACCGCAUAUUUAUAAAUUAAUUAUUUUUUAUAUAAUAAAAUAAUAGCUAUUGAAAAAUAUAAAAGAUAUUUUGUGUUUUAAAAACAUUUUGAAAAAUAGUUAAAUUAUGUCUAAUGUAAAUAAUAAAAUUUACAUCUAAUAAAAAAAUAUCAAUACUUAAAACAGAUAAGUAUUUAAAUGUGUAAUAUAAAUAAUUAAAUUAAAUUUUGAAUCCAAAAUAAAACAAAAGUAAAACAUCAAAUUGUAAUAGAUUAUCGAUAGAGUAACAAAAAUAAACUAGAAUAUAAUACAGUAGGCUCUUUGUAUAUGAGAUCUCCAAUACACUAAAACUCAAUAUUACAUAGAGAUUUUGCUGUUUUGGCAAAAAAUACUAUUUUGUGGUUUUAAGGAAAAAUAUGGGUUUCUAACUUUUUGAAAAAUAUAUAUGAUAUUAUUUGUUUGUCUAGACUUGGAUCUAAAUGUUUGUUUGAGUAAUAAUAAAUUGAUCAUUUGUUAUUUGGACAUAUUCAAUUUUUUUCUAGAUUUACACUGAAUCUCGUUUUAUGCUCAUUUUAAUACCAAAAAACACAUCAACUUUCAUGUAUCCAGAUGACCAAACAAACAUGCCCUGUAAUUGACGGAAUCAAAACUCAUAUGCUGUAUAUGUCUAAAUGGAUUGCUUUUUCAGAAAAAAGAAUAUAACAAAUAUCAUAUCUGACAUAAAGAAAAGAAGAACGGAGGUACGCAACAGCGUAAGCUCCUGUUCAAAGUAUCUGUAUGAAUUAUGGAGUAUGCUUUUUGUCCAGGCAUCGUAAAGCCAAAAUGUACUUUUCUUCUUCUUUCUUGUACCUAAAAGGAAAGAGGACAAACAAGAUAUUUAUUUAUACCACGUGAUUCGAUCGUAUUAUGUAUUCAAUACAUAUAAAAGUUAAUAUAAUUUUUUCCCUUAAGAAAAGAAAAACUACAUAGCCGUGAUGUUCUUCAGCUCUGAUCACCCUAAACACGAAUUUGAAGAAUCUCAGCAAUGCAAAUCUAGAGAUGCAAUUUGCUAUCUUUGUAAAAAUAAGGUUUCUUUGGUGGAGGAUGAGUCGAAUGCAUUUUACUGUUGUCAAGGAUGUGGAUCCAAUUUUCACAAGGAUUGUCUCACGGUAACUUAUCCAAAGUGCCAUGAGCAUACACUAACCUUCAUUCGUCGGAAGAUUCCCUUCCCUUGUGAUGUUUGCGGGCAAGAGUUUCCCGAUGAGAUGUACGGAUGUUUACAGUGCGAUUUCUUUGUAAAUAGACAUUGUAUAUACCUACCAAGGGUUAUAAAGAUCACACGUCACUCGCACCGUCUCUCUCACGUUCUCCGCAUCUCUGAUGGCGACAACGUUUGUGGAAUUUGUCGGUCUCUAGUUGAUGUUGGGUAUGGAGGAUAUUCUUGUAUUGACAAGACAUGCAAUUAUGUUGCACAUUUUCAUUGUAUUAUUCGCUUCAAUGUGUGGGAUGGCAAAGAUGUUGAAGGAGAAGAGGUUGCUGCCUCUGAAGCUGAUGAUGUUGCGCCCUUGUUGUUGGUGGAGGAUAUAGAUGGUGAAUCAACAUGGCGUCAUUUUAGCCAUGACCAUGACCUAUUGAGAGUAGUCGAAGAGCAAGAAAGUGAGGAGUUAUGUCAAGCAUGCAUACUUCCCACUUAUAAAACCGGUAAGUUCUUGCGCUGCAAGGAGUGCGACUUUGCUCUCCACGAAACGUGCGCCUGUCUUCCUCGGAAGAUGGCGCACGGGUUACAUGUCCAUCCCGUAACUCUACAUGUCGAAACCGGGGAUGGAUUCUUCAUUUGUUCUGUGUGCAACCAAUACUCUUGUGGACUCAUGUCGUACAAAUGCAACCAAAAAGAUUGUGGAUUCAAAAUGGACGUAAGGUGUGCUUCUUUCGUCGAGCCAUUCAACCAUACUGCUCUCCCACAUGAUCCAUUCUAUCUGGGAGUAGACUUUAACGAAUACAUUUACCGGUGUUACGGUUGCAGGCAACGUUCAAGGUUCACAGCAAGAUGUGUCCAAGGCAGCAUCGACUUUGACUUCAAAUGCCUGAAUUUACCAGGACUGAUUAAAUACAAGUGUGACGACCAUCCACUCACCUUAUACUAUGAUCAUAGAGGUCAUAACAGUGGGUGGUGUGAGAUAUGUGAAGAAAUUAUAGAGAAAGGACGAAUUAUCUACACCUGCCGCCAUUGCUUCACCACUCUACAUGUUGACUGCAUCUUAGGGAAAUACCCUUAUUUGAAAUGUGGCCAUAAGAUCAAAGUGAAUGGUUUCGAGGUCGAGAUUGCUUCAAACAAUGGUGCUUCUCGCCCAAUUUGUCAAACCUGUCACCGUAUUUGCCAAGACAAACACGUUUUCAAUGGAAAAGAUCAAGUAUGCUUCUGUUCUGUCGAGUGUAUUCCUUCCCAAGCUUGUUCUUAGAUUCAAAAUAAAAUGUCUAAAAUGAUCGAUUAUAAUAUACUGUGUGGAGUAAAUAAAAUUAUGUUUAUGCUAGGACAUGGCAAAACCAGUUUAAUCAUAUGUAAUAAUUCUCCUUGUAAUCAUAUGUAACAAAAAUAAAAUAAAAAAUCCUUGUUAAUAAAGGGACUCUAUCUUAAGAAUCAUUAAACCAAAUAACUUUUAUAGGGAUAGCUCAUCAAGAAAUCAUCAAACCUUAAGAAAAUAGAUUAUACGUUCGCUUAGUUUAUAUUAAAUUUCCGAUCGAAAACAUUACUUCAAAACUGCAAUGUAUCAAAGUUAAGACUGAGCCCCUAACAUAGAAACACUCUAACGUGCAGUUCAUAAGAAAGGCAGUUUUGACAUUGUAAACGAAGAGAGGAGUACCCGUAGGUGCACGUAGGGUUCAACACAGCUAGCCAAGCAUGUUCAUGUAUCAUGGUCGCCUAUAUUUGUUGACCUUCAAGAACACACCGUUGCAUGUUAUCCAAGUAUCCAAGUAUCUGAUACGAUCCUUUUGUUUUAAAAGUUUGGUUUAAAUACUUGCAACAUCUUAUAGCAUAAUUAAGAUUUGUCACCCGUCUCAAACGCAAAAGCUGCAAAAUCUUCUUUUGUCGUUGGGGGUCAAUGGCAUUGAUACGGAGAUUGGAGACUAUUUGUAAAGACUCUUUAUGGCUAAGAGGGUUUGCGAGUAGUUAGCGAAGUAUUAUACUAGUAUUGUGGACAAGUAGUCGUAUACAGAACUACAGAAGAAUCUAAGGAUAAGGAGAAGCAAUGACGUACACUUGCAUCAGUCUAGUACAAAGAGAGUUGUACGUAAGUAAAAUUCGCAUAAAAGAAAUAGUUUAACGUAUAUUCCCAUUCCCCAGGCCAUGACUUUGUCAGGGUCCACUUUUCUACAAAAAGGUUUAUGAACAUUUUUAAAAAAUAAAAAUAGAAAAAAUACCGAACACACAACUCUGAAUUUUCUCCAUUUUUAUAGACUUUUCUUGGUUCAUUCACCCAAAUAUAAUCUCUAACGCCUUGUUCCGUAAUUAAAUGAUCUCAACUAUCUCUCAUUGAUUAAUUAUUAAAUAUAUAAAAGAUCGGUUCCUUUGCUCUCCACUACUAGUGAGAUCGAUUCCUGAAGAAAAAAAAAAGAAGGAUGGGGAGAUUGUUCUUGGUGGAACUGGAAGGCAAGUCCUACUGUUGUCGUCACUGCAAAACUGACAUCGCACUCUGCGAUGAUGUCGUCUCUAAGGUUUUUGAUUUCUUUAGUCUUUUCAAUCACGCCAUGGGAAAGCUUACCUCUUCAGUAAGGUGUAAGUUAAUCUACAAAUGGCCAAAGCUCGAUAUGAAUAGUUUUAUGCACGUUAACUAGUAGUCCUUGGGGAUUUUGUGUGGGGACAGAGCGAAUGUGUAUGCUGGGAAGAAGGAAGAUAGGAUGAUGAUGACUGGAAUGCACACUGUGGUUGAUAUCUACUGCGUCAAAUGCGGCUCUUAUGUUGGAUGGAGAUAUGAGUUUGCUUUUGAGAAGAGCCAAAAGUACAAGGAAGGCAAAUCUGUUCUCGAAAGGUACAAGGUUUGGGGUCCGGAUGGGAACAAUUACUGGGUGGCUCAAGAAGUUGAAGCUGGAGAUAGUGAUACUGAUGAUUGAUUGAUGAUAUAAGAAGCUUCAUCUCAAAUAACUCAUUAUCUGAUUUGUACAUUCUCUCUUCCUCUUUCAUCUCUUCUAUCAUUCUUUUCAAUCUCUUUUUUCUGAACCAUCCAUCUUCCAUUAGUACACCUUCAAAGAUCAAAUGUUUGUGUUGCAACCACUUGUAGAACACAUACAUUAUCUUAUUUAUCAAAGCUUUAACUUCGUUU